AUGGUCAGCUAUGCCGGGAAGUUGGUCCUUGCUCCUAUGGUGCGUGCAGGCGAACUUCCAACGCGGCUUUUAGCGUUAAAAUUCGGUGCAGAUCUGGUAUGGUCGCCAGAGAUCAUUGACAAAAAGCUGAUACAGUGUAAACGGAUCGAAAACAAGACUCUGGGCACCGUGGACUUCGUGGCACCUGGGAAUCAAGAGCACAAGCCACCCAGUGUGGUGUUUAGAACUUUUCCGGAAGCAGAAGCCGGAAAACUCAUUUUCCAGAUGGGAUCAUCCACCCCACAGCUUGCUGUUCAAGCUGCAAAAGUGGUUAUAAACGAUGUGGAUGGCAUAGACUUGAAUGCAGGGUGUCCCAAACACUUUUCUAUCCAUUCUGGAAUGGGUGCGGCACUCUUGCAAACGCCCGAUACGCUUUGCUCAAUUUUGACAUCACUAGUGAGAGAAGUGGGCGAACCCAACCAGAAACCUAUAAGUGUGAAGAUUCGCCUUUUGAAUGAUGAAUUACGAACGGUGGAGCUGGUCGAACGGCUGUGCAGUACCGGUAUCUCGAAUUUGACUGUGCAUUGUAGAACCACUCCUAUGCGGAAUAGAGAAACACCCAUCAGAGACUACAUACCUGCCAUUUUCAAGGUUUGCCAAGAGCAGAACGUGAGUCUUAUUAUCAACGGCGCAUUUCAGGGCAGGUCCCAUUUCACUCAAUUGCGAGGUCAAAUGGGUCUGUCGGACAAGAUUGGUGGAAUGAUUGCAACUUGUGCUGAGGCAAACCCAACCAUUUUCAGCUCGUCGCCACUAGCUUGGCAUGACGCAGUUAAAUCUUAUUUUGCCAUUGCUUCACAGUUCGAUCACAACGUGAACAACUGCAAAUACAUGCUGACCAGAAUUGUUCCUGGGAAGUCCAAGUUUUAUCAAUAUUUUACUCGUUGUAAGGCCAUGUGUGAGGUCGAGCAGGUCCUGAAACUGAUAGGCGAUGAUGGGGAGCCCUUGGGAGAUCCUACGGAUUACCUAGCCAAGCGCAGAGAACAAGAAAAGCUGGAUAAGAAAAAAGCUGCUGAUAAAAAGUCACAACUACUGCAGCAAAAUAAAGACACGCCUGUUCCUUCGGAAAAAAGCACAUUAGAGCUAAAGAGAACUCUUGAACAAGUAGAUGGUGGUGACGUGAAGAAGAUAAAAAGCUAA